AUGUCUCAAGCUAGUUGUUCAUCUCAAGAUGGUUCUUCAAAGCAUACAUGUCUUUGCGGACUGGCUGCCAAUUACUUUACGGCUUACACUCUUACAAUUGCUGGUCGGAGAUUCUACAAAUGUCCCAGGCCUGAUGUUGAUUCAUGUGGUUAUUUUGAUUGGGUUGAUCCUAAAUUGCCGGAUAGAGCGGCAAAUGUUAUAUGCAAGUUGAAGUCUCAAGUGGACGCCUUGAAGUUUGAACGACAGAAAUUGAAGGAAAAAAUAGUUAGUUUGGAGGGUAUUGAUGCGGUUAAUCGAGAAAGGGACAUGUUGAAGCAAAAAGUGAAGGAAUCGGAGGCUACUAAUCAAGUUGAAAGGAGCAAAGUCAUGAAAUUGGAAGAUGAGGUCUCGAAGAUGAAGGCUGUUAUUGUGAUAUCUUUGUUCUUAUUUGCUUGCAUUUUUUCUUUGCUUGUGUAA